AUGAAGUAUCUCACCCUUCUCCUCGCCGCCGUCGGGCUGGCCUCUGCUACCGCAAUCCCCGUCAUCGAGGAGCGCGACGUUCAGACUGUCUCUAUCAAGUUCAAGGGUGGUCCGGCGGAGUAUUCCUUGACCUUGCCUGCUGAUGGUUCGGAGGUUUUCACCAACAACGUCCUCUCCAUCUCCAUCAUCGAAUCGUCUUACUACAUCUCCGGCUUCUGCACUUUCUACACCGACGGCGAGAAGGCCCUGCAGCAGGGUAUCUCCUCUGGAGGCCUGAACCAGCUGUUUGUCGGCCCGCCGCAGCCGAUCAAGAGCGUGAGGUGCCAGGGCUUCUGCUUGCCUGUGUAUGGAGACUGCUAUCGCAAUGGGCAGUAUGUGGGACCUUGCUGCAAUGGAUUCUGUGCUGCGAAUAAGUGCAGACCCUGGGUCAACCCUUAUACUGGGAAUUAG